GUCAUGCAUCACAAAAUCAGAAUGUGCAGCUGUUUGGUGGCAUUUUUCCAAUCCCUCCUACUUGUUCAAAGAACCUAAAACCAUAUUGAUUUGCAGGUGCGUAUUUUCACAGAAAUUGAGGAUCCCAUCUUAGAUGCUAUCUAUGAAAGAUUGAAGCAAAAACUGUAUAUACAAGGAAGCAAGGUACUGUAUCAAGGAGCUCCAAUUGACAAGAUGGUUUUCAUUAUCCGAGGAAAAAUGGGGAGUGUUAGAGAUGAAAAUCCAACCCCCUUGUCAGAAGGUGACGUUUGUGGGCAGGAGCUACUCACAUGGUGUCUUGAGCAUUCUUCAGUGAGCGGAAAUGGAAAGAAAAUCAGGUCAUCGGGACAGCAGUUAAUUUCUAACAGGACUGUGAAGUGUUUAACAAAUGUGGAAGCGUUUGUGCUGCGAGCCGAUGAUCUGGAAGAUAUCACUGCCACUUUUGCACGGUUCUUGCGGAGCCCAUGUGUUCAAGGGACCAUAAGGUUAUACAUAACAUCAUCUCAUAUAGUUUUAGGAUAGCACUAGAAAAUCAUGUAGCC